UGCCAUGGAGACGUCACGUCAACAACCGCCUCGCUGAAACGGGGGUGUCUCUGCUGGCUGCUGAAAAUGACGGAAAUGUCGGCGAAGACCAGGAAGGCCAUACAAACCCAGGCUGAAAACCUCUCGAAAAAAGUGGAACAUUUCACUAAAGCAGAGAUCGAGUGUCUGAUCCAGCACUUUAACUCCCUUCUGGCUGAUCAGGUGAGCCGAGGUAAGGCGGCCCACGGCCUGGACAGAGGCAGGUUCAGAGGCAUACUGCAGAACGUCUUCGGACUGACCAACGCCAUGAUGAUGGACGGAGUUUUCAGGUGUUUUGACAAAGAUGGCGAUGGUACAGUCACUGUGGAGGAGUGGAUCAGAGGACAUGCUGUUUUUCUUCGUGGGACACUCGAUGAGAGAAUGAAGUACUGCUUUCAAGUGUACGACCUAAAUGAUGACAAGUACAUCUCCAAAGAAGAGAUUUUCCACAUGCUGAAGCAGAGCUUCAUCAAGCAGCCUACCGAGGAGGACCCGGACGAGGGGCUGAAAGAAGUGGUUGAGAUCACAAUGAAGACGAUGGACCAUGACCACGAUAGCCUACUGUCUUUUGAGGACUUUAAAAAAUCGGUACAAGCGGAGAACCUUUUGCUGGAGGCAUUUGGAACCUGCCUCCCUGAUCCCAUGCAUAUUAAGAAGUUUGAGCAGCUUGUAUUUCAAGAGCAACACGAACAAUGAAUCUACUUGUAUUCAUUUACACUUUCAACUCUGUCUUUAAUAAUACAGGAUCUGCUUAUAUUUGAUUUACAAUAUGUAAAUAAAUGCAAUCUGAAAAGAGACGGAUUCAGUUUCCAAAGCAGCGGUAGACAUCGGUCCGGUUUAUAUCCGGCGACGCGCUUUUGCCUUCUUCUCGACUGGCUUAAGGUCCGGAACAGAUCCCACCUAAGAAUUAGACAGACAGACAAACAUUGUGACUCUAUAUUUGUUAUGUAAAAUAAAAAAUUAAAACAA